AUGAGCAAACCGCGUAAAGGGUAUUUUGAAGAUGAUGAAAUUACGCUAUCAAGUAGUCUUGAUCCCAGAAGACAUCACAGAAAGGUUUUAGUACAACCGCCAUCUCGUGCAGUUUCUCCAACUCCUGAACCUGAAAUAUCUAUUGUCCGUUCAGGUCCAGCUGCGGCUAGUGCUACUGGUAUUGCCGUAACGAGACCACAUGAGUUGCAUUCCAAUAGAUUGCAGCAAGCAAAGCAUCGAGAUAUUGAAAGGAUCGAAAAGCAGACUGAAAGCAUAUCCAUAUCACGGAAGAGACAAGGUUCCUUUAGUAGCCGUCGCAGUUCUACUUUUGAUUCUCCUUUAUUCGAAGACUCUCCAUGGAGACUUGAAUUACAACAUAGUGGUAAUGGGGGUCUUCGUAAUGCUAUCAAACGGGCAGAGGCCGAUGGUAAUGUAACAAAGUUAUGGAUUGGCACCUUGGGAAUGCCCACCGAUGCUUUGAGUGAGAGCAAGAAAGCUGAAAUAGAGUCUACAUUGCUUACGGAAGACUACGAUUCAAUUCCUGUGUUUUUAAGUGAUACCACAUUUGAGGGUCACUACUCACACUAUUGUAAGCAGAUCUUAUGGCCAACUCUUCACUACCAAACACCCGACAACCCAAAAUCAAAAGCAUACCAAGAUCACUCAUGGGUUCAUUAUAAGGCUUUAAAUCAGGCUUUUGCUGACAAAAUUGUUAAGGUAUACAAAGAGGGAGAUAUUAUCUGGGUUAACGACUAUCAUUUAAUGUUGUUACCGGCAAUGUUGAGAGAAAAGCUGCCCAAUGCUAAGAUUGGGUUUUUCCUCCACGUUGCGUUCCCAUCGAGUGAAGUAUUCAGAUGUCUGGCAGCAAGAAAAGAGUUUCUGGAAGGCAUGUUGGGAGCUAACUGUGUCGGGUUCCAAAUAUCCGAGUACUCUAGACACUUUCUUCAAACUUGUAACCGCAUUCUCGCCGUUGACACCACUCCUGAAGGAAUUAAAAGUGAGCACAGUUUUGUUUCAGUGGUUAAUUAUGCUAUUGGUAUAGAUCUGAAAUCUCUUGAUAUUACCAUGCAGAAUAGUGAAGGUGUCGGCAAAUGGCGAAAAAUGAUUUGCGAGCGGUGGAAAGAUAAGAAGCUAAUUGUAUCGCGCGAUAAACUUGAUAACAUCCGCGGUAUUAAACAAAAACUCCUUGCUUAUGAAGAGUUUCUUCGUGCCCACCCCGAAUGGAUUGAACGAGCUGUGUUGGUGCAAAUAGGCCUAUAUGACGGAAGUGAUAGCGAGUUUGAAAGUGAAAUUCACACGAUUGUUGAUAGAAUUAACUCGAUGCGUGCUGACUUGACUGCCACACAACCAGUUCUCUUCCUACAACAAUAUAUUGAUUUUGAUCAAUAUCUAGCAUUAAUUGCGGAAGCAGAUAUAUUUGCGGUUACUUCUCUUCGCGAAGGAAUGAAUUUAACGUGCCAUGAGUAUAUUUAUUGCAACCAAAAACAUGGCCCUCUCAUUCUCAGCGAGUUCACUGGCUCUGCUUCCGUUCUUGGGGAUGACUCGUUGCUAAUAAACCCAUGGGACAUUUCUGAGGUGGCUAACGCCUUCUAUCAAGCUAUUACUAUGAGUGAGCAAGAAAAAGCUGCUCGUUGGAUGUCGCUCUACUCCUAUGUUACAAAUAACACAUGUGCAGAAUGGGUUCAUAACUUUGUCAAAGAGGUCGAUGUAUCGUGGGAGGAAGACCAAAGAAGGCGGUCGGAUACCAAACAUCGGUUGCAUGCUCCCUUGUUUAUCCAACAAUACCAAUCGGUGCCUCGAAAUGGUAAGCGCAUCUUCUUUUUGAACAUGGACUCGACUGAUAUCAAGAAUGCAUUUGUGCGUACCAACAGUUCUACAUCGAUAAAUUCUGCAAAUUCUACAUCGCCGUUUCGCAACACACCACCCCCAACUGGUCCAAUUACUGCACCAAACAGUGCCUCAAGUGGCAAGUUUGCUAAUAGCUCUGUGUUAUCUGCCGUUGUUCCAACUGGUACUGGUACCUCUUAUGCAUCACCGCAGCGCAAAAUAUCAGUGCUUAACGAGCUUGUUCUUGACCCAGCAAAUAUCGUUUAUGUGAUUAGUCGGGAAUCUCGUAAUACAAUGGAACGUAUUUUCCGUCGUGUGAAUAACCUUGGCUUGAUUGCCGAAAGUGGUGGCCUAUUGAGACCGUUCGGAAGUGAUGAAUGGAUUCGGUUUUCUGAGGAGCAUUGCGCUCGAAACAUAUCAGAUAAAUGGCAAGACCCAUUAAUGCCAAUGUUAGAGUCGAUGGCCGAAAGAUUCAGUGGGUCACGUAUUGUUACCAACGAGACGAGCAUUCAUUUUGACUUGCACUCGGUAGUUGAACAAGAUCCCGACCGUGCCUCUGUUAUUAUCGGUGAAGUUAUUAAUAGUGUCAACGAUGCCUUUGGCGAAAUUCAUGUUCAUGCUAGACUCGCGGAAGAUGGUAAAGUGAUAAUUGCCCGCGAUGACCUGACUGAUGCUGAUGCUGUACAGUAUGCUUUUGAUCUUGAAAGAGCACAAAUCGGCAAGGACUUUGACUAUCUUUUCGUAACGUCGCUCGGAAGUGAAAGCUCCUCAGACACAUACGACACUCUGUAUGAAUGGGCUAAUGGCCACGAGAAAGAUGUUGGUACAGUAUGUACAGUGUCAGUAGGUGCUAAAGGCACAUUGGCCAAGUGGACUCUCGAUGGUAUCAACAGUCUGCUUAACCUGCUAUUGACUGCGACCAGUCAAAAAAAUUAG